AUGGACACAACGAACAACGUACGCCUGCAACUUCAGCAGCAGCAGGCACGCAAAUCGAAUCAAAACAUUCAGGUCUAUGUGCGCGUUAGGCCGCUGAAUGCACGCGAGCGAUGCAUACGCUAUGCAGAGGUUGUGGAUGUGCUCAAUUCACGCGAGAUCCUCACACGCCACACCCUCGACUCGAAGUUGACGAAGAAGUUUACGUUUGAUCGGAGCUUCGGCCCCGAGUCCAAGCAAUGCGAUGUCUAUGCGGUGGUGGUGUCGCCCCUGAUCGAAGUGGUGCUAAGCGGCUACAAUUGCACGGUGUUCGCGUACGGACAGACGGGUACUGGCAAGACGCACACGAUGGUGGGGAAUGAGACCGCGGAGUUGAAGUCCUCUUGGGAAGAUGACUCUGAUGUGGGCAUCAUACCGCGUGCCUUGAGUCACCUUUUCGACGAACUCCGCAUGAUCGAAGUUGAGUUUACGAUGCGCAUCUCCUACGUGGAGCUGUACAACGAGGAGCUGUGCGACCUCCUCUCCACCGAUGACUCCACAAAGAUACGCAUCUUCGACGACAGCACAAAGAAGGGUUCGGUGAUCAUCCAGGGCCUCGAGGAGAUCACUGUCCAGAGCAAGGACGCGACCACCCUGAUGAACGCGCAGUCCUCGCGCAGCCACACCGUCUUCUCCAUAGUGGUGCACAUUCGUGAGAACGGCAUCGAUGGCGAGGAUAUGCUGAAGAUCGGAAAACUCAAUCUGGUGGAUCUGGCGGGCAGCGAGAACGUCUCCAAGGCGGGCAACGAGAAGGGGAUACGCGUGCGCGAGACGGUCAAAAUCAACCAGAGCCUCCUGACGCUGGGCCGUGUGAUUACCGCUCUGGUGGAUCGGGCCCCCCAUGUCCCGUACCGCGAAUCGAAGCUGACGCGCCUGCUGCAGGAGUCGCUGGGCGGCCGGACAAAGACCUCGAUCAAUGCCACCAUCUCGCCAGGGCACAAGGACAUUGACGAGAUAAGCCAGAAGUCAAUCAGAAGCUAACCAAGAAAACGGUCCUCAAGGAGUACACCGAGGAGAUUGGCAAACUGAAGCGAGAUCUCCUCGCAGCGCGAGACAAGAAUGGCAUCUAGAGCUCAACGAGAAGAUGUUGCUGCUGAAGGCCCUCAAAGAUGAGCUGCAGUCGAAGGAGAAGACCUUCAACGAGGUGAGCCUGAGUCUCGUGGAGAAGACCCAGGAGCUGAAGAAAACGGAGCAGCACCUAACCGACACCAAGGGGAGUCUACUACAAGGAGAAGAAACAGCUGGUGGCCUCGCACAUGAAAACGGAGGAGACGCUCACGACGCAGGCGCACAAAAUCCUGACCGUGGCAGAUUUGGCCACCAAUGAAACGGAGCAGCUUAAUGGCACCAUCGAACGGCGAAGGGACACCGAUGAAAAUAUACGCAGUGCCUGCGAUCAGUUCAAGGAUCGCAUGCAGGACAAUCUGGAGCAGCAAUCUCCAAGCAGCAUCUGAGCCAGGAAUUGGUACCCGUCUGUCCGUACGCGAACACCGUGCAAUUGUAGCCGCUUAGCACCUCUUCGAUCAGGGGCGACACCACCACCGCAUAGACAUCGCAUUGCUUGGACUCGGGGCCGAAGCUCCGAUCAAACGUAAACUUCUUCGUCAACUUCGAGUCGAGGGUGUGGCGUGAGGAUCUCGCGUGGAUUGAGCACAUCCACAACCUCUGCGGAGCGUAUGCAUCGCUUGCGUGCAUUCAGCGGCCUGCAGGGAUGGAAAUCGUACUUAUUGGGCGAUCUACUACCCGUAGAUGGGGCACUCACCUAACGCGCACAUAGACCUGAAUGUUUUGAUUCGAUUUGCGUGCCUGCUGCUGCUGAAGUUGCAGGCGUACGUUGUUCGAUGUGUCCAUUUUACAGCACAAAACUCAAAAUUCACUUUUUAGCGCGUAAAAAUGAUGCCACCCAAAAUAUGGUGUGAAACUUUUGUUUCCAGCACUUGGAAAUGUACACGUUUACUCUUUUCAACUU